AUGCCGGCUCGGGGGAAGGAGCCCGACCCGCUUCCCUCCCGGCCUCCAGGCUCCUCCUGCCCCAGUCAGGCGGAGCGGGAGCCCGGCUGCUCCCUUCCAGAUGCUGCUCCAGAGCGAGGUCCGACUCCUUCCCUGCCAGAGCCGGCCGGUUGUGCAACCCUGCUCGCAGCCAGGGAAAAUCCCUUCCUGGCCUCCGCAAGCUCCUCUUGCAUCCUGGAGCAUGUGAGUGGGAUCUGCUGGCUGCAGCAGGGGAAGGAGGCCAAGUGCACCAUGAUCCUGAAGACGGGAGUGACGUGGGAGGAAUGCUGUGCCAAUGGCAACGUGGACGUGGCCUGGUCUAAUUACACCUACCCGGGCAACAAGAUCAGCCUGCUGGGCUUCCUGGGGCUGGUGACCUGCCACCCCUGCAAAGAGAGCUGCGAGGGGGUGGUGUGCGGCCCCGACAAGGUCUGCAAGAUGAAGCACGGGCGUCCCCAGUGCGCCUGUGCCCCAGACUGCUCCAGCCUGCCCCGCAAGCUGCAGGUCUGCGGCUCCGACGGCUACACCUACCGAGACGAGUGUGACCUGCUGACGGCCAAGUGCAGAGACCACCCCGACCUCGAAGUGAUGUACCAGGGCAAAUGCAAAAAGUCCUGCUCCAGUGUGGUGUGCCCUGGCACCCACACCUGCGUGGUGGACCAGACGGGCAGCGCCCACUGCGUGAUGUGCCGGACGGCUCCCUGCCCCGAGCCCACCAGCCUGGACCAUGCCCUCUGCGGCAACAACAAUGUCACCUACCCCUCGGCGUGCCACCUCCGGCGGGCCACCUGCCACCGCGGCCGCUCCAUCGGCGUGCGUCACUACGGGAGCUGCUCGGCUGUGGCCAAAUUCUCCCCGGAGACGGACAACGCGGAAGAGAACUACGUGUGA